GCAAAAUGCAGACAGACUAACCAAGAUCCAUCUGUGCUUCUAAAAUAUCUGGAUUUUUUUGUUUUGUAGGUUUACAUCAUAUCUUAAAACACACAUAAACCUACAACAGGCCACUGGCACUCCUUUAACACUGUGGCCUCUUCAACUGGGGUGCGCAGGAAUCAUAGCUGGUGUUAAACAAGUUGUGGGACUACUAUACAGGGAAAAUCUUUCUUGAAGGCUUCAUUUGAGGAAGGCUUAGGCACAAACAACACUUCUACCACAGGGCUCAGACAUUAGCCUGACAGGGGACACCAUGGAAGCCCCUCUUGUGUGUUUGGAUGAGGAAUUUGAAGAUCUCCGGCCCUGUCAGAUGGACGAGCUGGACUAUCCAGCACUGAGUCAUUCAUCUUACUCCACCACUUCUACCGUCCCAUUGGCCUCCAUCACCCGUGAGGACUUCUCUGAGCUGGAGAACUUCUCUGAGAUGAUGAGCUUUAAGUCGAUGGAGGACCUGGUCAAUGAGUUUGAUGAGAAGCUCAAUGUCUGUUUCCACAAUUACAACACCAAGACGGAGGGCCUGGCACCCAUACGCAACCAAUCACACAACCAGGAGGAUGAGGAGCACCUGCAGGACGAAGAUGUGUGGGAUGCUUUAACUGACAACUACAUCUGCACUUGGGAGGGUUCCGACGCAGAGGGACUCAACGGCAAUCUUUCUGACCAGGAGAUCCAUGAAAAAGAAGAGGAAGAGAUGAACGAGAAGAAUGACAAUGCUAACUGCCUGAAUGAAGAGCCUCUCAUCACAGCUGAUCAGGUCAUUGAGGAGAUAGUUGAGAUGAUGGAGAACUCCCCUGAUCCAGGUGAAACUGAGGAGGAGGAUGAAGAGGAGAGCAGCCACUGCUCCCAGACCAGUCCCUCCCUUCUGGAGGAGAUCAGGCAGCUGUUACAGGCUUCUAACAACAACUGCUCUUAUGAAGGCCUCAGCCUGAUGCACAGCUCAGCAUUGGUCAACCUGCUGGAGCGAGUGGAGGCUGCCAUCCGUGAGUACUCAGAGGAGCUGGUCAGCCAGCUGGCUCGGCGUGAUGAGCUGAAGUUUGAGAAAGAGGUGAAGAACACAUUCAUCACUGCCCUGAUGGAGGUGCAGAACAGGCAGAAGGAGCAACGAGACAGCAGCAAACGCCGGCGCCGGGACAAGGCCCUGAGCCUGCAGGGGGGAGGGAUGCCUUCUGUGAAUGGAGGGAAUACAGGCUCCACGGGACGCAUGGAGAAGACAGGGGGCAUGCCUAUCAAGCGUUUCAGUAUGGAGGGACUGUCCAACAUCCUGCAGACAAGCAUCAGACAGACAUUUGGAAGUACAGGGAAUGACAAACAGCAUCUCAACACGGUUAUUCCAUAUGAGCAGAAAGGCACUCCUCCAUCUGUUGAUGACCUGCAGCUGUUCACAAAAAUUCUUUAUGCCAUGAAGGAAGACAGUGAGAAGGUGCCUACACUGCUAACAGACUACAUAUUGAAAGUGCUGUGUCCUACCUAAAGCACCGGUAGACCAGGGACCACCAUCUGAUGGCAAAUUCUUCCCCUGAGGGCCCUCCCUGCCCUCCUCACCUCUGGCCCAAGCUGCAUGACCUCUCCUCUUUUACCAUUAUCAGCCAUGGCACCAUCACUAUUAUUGUAUUCACCUCGACUAUGACUACUGCCUUUUGCUGAGCUCACCUUCUCUCUUUCUGCACAUUAAGCUCAAGCCAGACCCCAAAAUGGCCGCUAUCUGAAGUCGGAUAACUAAUCCCAUUUCAAAGGAUUUCACAUACUGUUACUAAUCACACCACCACUUUGGUACUCGGAUACUAUGUUAUCACUGCUUUCUUUUCUUAAAUUUUGUUACUUUUUUUGUGUUUAACAGAAGUUUGUCUUGGCAAAUUUUGACUCUUAAUCAUAAACUGACCUGUUAACUGUUGUUUUAUUCAUUGAUUCAUAAGGACUAACUACAGUGUAAGAUAAAUGAAAUGCCAUACUGCAUCCAAAAGUGAUCAUACCCCUACUGUUUCAAAUUAAAUAACUGAUUUAUUUGAAUACAAAAGCCAUGCACAUUUUUCUGCUGACUUAGUACUGUAGCUCCACAUUAAUGAAAAGAAACAUGACUAUUUCAGGUGCAGUGCAUUUUUUCUCUUUCUUUUACUUUUCAUUUCACUAUUUUAAAAUCCAGUGCUCUUCUGACCUUUUGUCAUUUCUUUUCAUUUUGAACAAAAUAUUUGAUAGAAACUCUGUUGCUGAUUUUCUGUUAUUUACUGCCAUCAGAGCAACAGGCUCAUGUGCAGUCCACCCCGUUCAGUCACAUGGAGGUGUAUCACUGAGUUUUAGUUGGAUACGUAUGUCAUCCCCUGAUGAGAUGAGCUCAUUUCAGUAAAGGUGUGCAUAUUUGCAUAUUAGCAUAUUUAUGACUUCCUUCGCACCAUGUAGGUGAAUGUUACAUCACUAAUUGCAAAUUCUAAUAAACAUUCAUGUGCUUCA